CGCGGCUUUCCUGCAUCCCUUUAAGUUUACGCGGGAGAUUUAAGUAAGAAAAUCCUCAGUUCAAUUCUCCGAAAGUUUUACCUAAUUUACGAAGAUAAUUAAUAACGUCAGUUGGUAACUAUGGCAGAAUUAGUAUCGCCGAAAGGAUUAAACGGUGAUGCUACAAAAACAGAAAAGCAAAUCAACGGAAAAUUACUGAGUGAUGGAAAUCACGUAAACCAAUCCAGCCGGCUUUGUUUUCUGAAACUUUGCAACGGAACGAGUUCAACAAGGUCAGAUGAAUUCCAAUAUCUGGAAGCCAUUCAACAAAUUAUCGACCAUGGCGUGCGGAAAGGAAACCGAACUGGCACAGACACACUUUCCAUAUUUGGAAUGCAGAUGAGAUACAAUCUGAGACAAAGUUUUCCACUCUUGACAACAAAGCGUGUGUUCUGGAGAGGGGUUGCUGAAGAGAUCCUGUGGUUUAUCAGGGGCUCGACGAAUUCCAAGGAACUCAGUGACAAAGGAGUCAACAUAUGGAAUGCUAAUGGAUCAAGAGCUUUCCUAGACAGUCUGGGAAUGACCGAACGAGAAGAAGGUGACUUGGGCCCAGUGUACGGGUUUCAGUGGAGACAUUUCGGAGCCGACUACAAAGACAUGCACACGGACUACAGUAGACAAGGAAUCGACCAGCUCCAGUCUGUCAUAGAGAAAAUCAAAAACAGUCCUGAUGACCGGAGAAUCGUUAUGUCAGCGUGGAAUCCACCAGAUCUUCCUAAGAUGGUUUUGCCUCCCUGUCACUGUUUGGUUCAGUUCUAUGUAGCAAAUGGAGAACUGUCUUGUCAGCUCUACCAGAGGUCAGCCGACAUGGGUUUAGGAGUUCCAUUCAACAUUGCAAGUUAUUCUCUCUUAACUUGUAUGAUUGCACAUGUGACUGGCCUCAAGCCUGGUGACUUUGUGCAUACAUUGGGAGAUGCACAUAUUUACGUUAACCACAUAGAGCCGUUGAAAGUGCAGUUAAAACGUGAGCCAAGACCAUUUCCAAAACUGAUUAUUAAAGGGGAGGUGGACAGCAUUGAUGAUUUCACAAUGGACAAUUUGGAACUCGUGAAAUAUAACCCUUACCCAAAAAUCAAGAUGGAUAUGGCUGUGUAAUCAGCAGAUGGUUUUUUGUAUAAAUCACAAAAAUCACUACAAAUAUAGAGCUCUGUAGAUCAUCACUUGAUUGUGUAAUGUGGACAAAAAUAAUCACAAACAUUGUGGUUACAGGGUUUGAGCUGCUGCCAAUUUCAAAUAAGUGUUUGAUUUGGUGAUGAUAUUUAAAAAAAAAAAUUAUUUGAAUAUUUUAUUUUCAUUUUUGGUCACAUUUUCACAGUAUAUAUAUAUUUUUUUAUACAUACAUACACAGAUCAAAAUUAAUAUACUGUGAAAUAAAACAACAAACCUCUUGCCAACACGUCAUUGAACCUCACUCAGUACUAAACACUCAAAUUGUUUUAUACAUGUAUAUAUAUGGUAAUAAAUACUUAAGAUACUGUCAGUGGUGGAUGACCUAGAGAUAUUUAUUCAAACAACUUAUGGUAUACACUCCAUCUUUUAUUAAAUUCAUUAUAUUUGAUUUUAUUGGAAUACAUUUUUUUUUCUAAUGUAUAAUAAGAACGUAUAUGAUCCAUCUUGUUUUUCCUUCUAAUUCUGCUAGCAUCUCUAAUCUUUCAAGUUAUUUUACCAUCCAACUCCACUCCCAAGUCCUUGUCUGUAUAUCCACAUAAUAUGAUUGUCAUUCGUGACAUACACCUGCACUCCCUAGUCCUUGUCUAUAUAUCCACAUAAUAUGAUUGUCAUUCGUGUCAUACACCUGCCAACGUUUGUUGUGCACAUAAGUUUGAUUAUUUCAAAUAAUGAUCAGUGGUCACGUGUUGCACUGUUAAGAAGGGGAUGCAACCACCUUUUAUAUUUCCUUGCUACCGACUGUCAUUUGCAAAUGAUAAUGAUGAUGAUGACGAUGAUGAUUAUGAUGAUAAUAAUGAUGACUUCGAUAAGCAUGAUGAUUAUUAUAUUCAUAAUCAUUUGUCUUAUUAUUUUAUUAAUAUCUUUUUAUCUUCUUCAUUUUGCUUUCCUCUUUGGAUAGUUGGUAAGUUACGUUCACUUGAGCAUUACACAUGUGAAUUAUACUAAGUGCAUAACUGUUAAUAACUGACAGAAGUACUGACCCUGUCCUAAGUGUAACUAAUAUAUUUAUUCUACAUUGUGUUAAAGACAUAUUUGACUUAUUAUACUCUUGCUGUGUUUUCGUUUUUAUUAAUGGAAAUACAUUGUUAUAAAGCAGAAACAAACACAGCUUUUUUGAUAGAAUAAUAUUCCUAAUUUAUCAAAAUUAUUAGCGUUUUUUUAAUAUUGGACAAAUCCCUUUAUGGAAGCUUUAUUAGGGUUCGUAGCGGUCUAUAAAUUCCUUGCAAGUGUUUGAAUUUGAAAAACAAAUGGAUUUUUCAGGUCUUUGGAAGUAUUUGAAUUGUAAUAAAAGUCUUCAAAAGUC